GUAGCGGGAAUCGGGACUUAAAAUUCGGGGCCUUCUACCUCGGGAUCGGUACGGGGCCUGGGACGGGCCUCACACACGCGGUGCUAACAGAUGAAGUCCAGAAACAGGACUCGGAUCCGCUACCCUACACAUCGUCCCCUCGGCUACUCUCGGUGGCGCCAGGUCGCCCAUACCAGGCUCGACCAUGUGCGGCCGCACUGCGUGCCCACUGCCGGCGGGCCAGGUGUCGCGGGCGUGCACGUACCGGGACAGAAGGGGCCACCGAACCGUGCCGGCGUGGAGGGAUGGCGACGCCGCCAAAUACCGGCCAUCCUUCAACAAGAGCCCCAGCACUUUCUGCCCCGUGCUCGUGUCCAAGCGACACUUCUGCCAGGACGCGGAGCCUGGUGAGCGCGUCCUCGCCGCCAUGCGCUGGGGCCUCGUGCCGCUGUGGUCCCCUGAGCCGACCUCCGCCUACAGCAUGAACAACUGCCGCAGCGACACCAUGACCCAGAAGAAGUCCUACCAGGGGCCCCUCAACAAGGGCCAGCGCUGUGUGGUGGUGGCCGACGGCUUCUUUGAGUGGUACAGAGGCACGGGCAGCAAGACCAAGCAGCCAUACUUCAUUUACGCACCGGAGAACCGCGACCGCCUAAACCUGCUGCUCGAGGCGGCUGAAGCGACCACCAGUGAUGAGAACAUCAAGAUGGAGGAGCUGAAGGAAGAGGUGAAAAAGGAGGGGAAGGUGAAAAAGGAAGAGGAGGUGAAGGAGGAAGUGAAGGAGGAGGUGAAGGAGGAGAUGAAGGAGGAGGUGAAGGAGGAGGUGAAGGAGGAGGAACGCUGCGGUGGGGAGGAGGAGGUUGAGGAGUGGCGUGGCUGGCGUCCCCUCACGAUGGCGGGUCUCUUUGAGUGCUGGCAGGGUGCGGGGGCUGAGGAGCCCCUCUACACCUUCACCGUAAUCACUGUAGACGCGUCGCCCACCCUGGCCUGGCUGCACCACCGCAUGCCGGCCAUCCUAGAAGAUGACGACGCCGUGCGGCGCUGGCUGGACUUCGGCACGCUGCCCGGCGGCAAGGCGGCGCUGGAUGAGCUGGUGCGGCCGAGCGAGCGCGUGGCUUUCCACGCCGUCUCCACCUUCGUCAACAACUCGCGCAACAACUCGCCCGAGUGCGUGCUCGAGGCACGGCCGCAUGCCCCUGCCACCGCCGAGAAGCCGCAGAAACCCAAGGGCAGCAGCCUCCUCAUGAUGAACUGGCUGAAGAAGAGUGAGAAGAAGGAGGAUGAAAAUGCCCCAUUUGGCACUAAGUUGGAGCCUCAGGAAAAUGAUGGCGAGGAGGAAGAGGAGGGAAGCGUCACGAAGAAGAUGAGGCUUGCCUGACCGCCACCUCGUACAGAUGCGAGGAGGGCUAGAUAUACUGGUGGGGGUGAAGUGAUGUGGAAGAGAUGCAAACACCGUUGAGUCAGUGUCACUCGUCCCAGGUGGCAGAAAGUUAGUGGUAUACGUUUCUUUAUAUGGCAAUGUCGAAAAGAAGAGGUUAUUGCAUAGGCAUCCCAAUAAUAAUAAAACUACCCCUAACAAAUCUAGUCAUCCAGUCAACCAGUCACUUGUACCUGCACUUUCUCUGGACCCUAACCAUACGAGCUUAGCAAACACUAGCCAGACAACCAGCCGCUAGAACGAGCCCUUUUACAGACUGUAACCUUGUCACCAAGGUACUUUAUUUUACUUUGUUCAUACUUCACUUUUGUUGUUCACAUCGCUUGCAGACACAGGGAGAGUGAGUUGAGCCACCGCCAAAGCUUUGCGAUGAAUCCCUGGAAGCAAUGCAGCCAUUCGUCACUUUCACCAAAAAUGACAUUCGAUCCCUCGCAGGCCGUCAAGUCGACGAUCGCGCGGAUCCUCGCUUCCACCUCUUGACGUUCUCGUCAAUCGCCGCAACGGAGAGCGACGGCCACACUGAGGGACCCGUACCUGUGUGUUUACUGUGCAAUGUUUGUUGAAUGUCUUGAGCCUCGGCACUGUUAAUGUUAGUUUUCUCAGCAGAUGUAUGCUGUUGAAGCCGAGGGGGCUUUCGAGUUGAUCUCCAUUCCAGGGGUAUUCUUUCCGUAACUGCAGUUGGAAGAAAAUGUGAAAACGGUAAAGUUUCGGAAACAUGGUGUAUUUGCUUGCUUUCAGAAGGGUCUCUACUACAGUGAGCUUGAGAGUCCCUCAAGAGGGUAUUUUGCCCUAUUCUUUCAUACUGGCCAGAUGUCUUGGAAGAGGUGGGAGAAGCCACACUUUACUCCACCACACCUGGCCUAUUCUUUGGGUCUUUCGGUAUAGUCACGUAGAUAGGUUCAAAGAAAAUAACAAAUAAGCUACGUUUCGAUCGCAACACAAGCGUUCGUCAUGUGUUGCGAUCGAAACGUCGUAGUUUGUUAUUUUUUGUUAUUUUCUUUGAACCUACGUGACUUUACCAAAAGACCCAAAGAAUAUAAAUUCCUGCAGUCACGAAAGCUUUAAGUAAAGAUUCACACAUGGCCUAUUAAGAAACAUAACUGGAGAUGACCGGACCAGAUCAGAAAACAUUCAAUGUUGUGUGGGACCACCAAAAUCUACUGCAUCUGUGUAAAAUUAAACGUCAUGCAAAUUCUGACAAUGCACUUUGAUUGCCCCUGUGAUAUAGAGACCCUGAUAGCAAUGUAAAUGAUGAUGAGGGUUAUGUUCUCAUGUUGUGAUUUGUGCUGCAUUAAUUAAACAAAGUUUGCGACGUUCUCCGAGAGCCGCAUUUGGAGCUGCUUCACGGUUACAGACUGUUCAAACUGUCUCUUUUCCCCCAAUAUAGCUCUCCACUUAAACAUUUAUCUUGGUUUUGACAUUCAGUGUCUCAUCAGCAGAAUUGGGCUCGCUCUGCUGACCGAAUUUCAAAACCACUCCAAAGUGCGCCCGUAUUGAACCAAUACUGCAAAUUUGUACUCCCGGAAGGCCGUGUUGGCCGAUGGGAUGUGUGAAAAACACUUGCGUGGAGAUGGUGGGAAUUAGGGCGCGUUAUUGAUUUACGUCUGGAAUGUUCUCCAUGACGCUUAAGUGUCAUUUUGUGUUACUACGGAACUCUCGACUUCGCAAAGCACAAAUAAAGAACGGCAUGUUUAAAA